CGAGCGGUUACCGUUACGGAAGUGAAGCUGAGGUGCUACGUAUGGGUAGUGAGAGAUGCGGAAGUACGGAAAAUUAUUGAAGUAUAGCAAGUGUUGCUUAUAGAGACGUUUGGGUAUUUGUAAAAGACUUAAAGGUGGUAGAGUUGGAGGAAAGUGGUGGUACUGGAUAGUAGAGUUGUCUGAUUAGCAGUAGCUGGAAAUUAUUGUCACAGGCUUAACGUUAUGGAUAGCGGUAGAGAAUAUGGUAGUAGUGGGAGUGCCUACGGGGCCCCCAUGGCUGGUAGUACAUUCCAGCCGACGCAGAUCAUACAAGAGCCACGGAAUAUCAUUCGUUUUUUAAGUUGGAUUUUUGCCUUGGUUGUGUUUGCGUGCAUUCUCAACGAAUGUUAUCCUCGUAGUGGUGGAGAUAAAGAAAUAUGCAUCUUUAACAACAAUGACGAUGCCUGUCGCUAUGGUGUUGGGAUUGGAGUACUUGCUUUCCUUGCAUGCAUUAUCUUUUUUGUUGUGGAUUUGUACUUCCCACAGAUCAGUAAUACAACAGAUCGCAAAUACAUAGUCAUUGCUGACCUUGGUUUCUCGGGGCUUUGGACUUUCCUUUGGUUUGUUGGAUUCUGCUUCUUAACCAACCAGUGGGUAAAUACUACUCUUGUGAGUGAAGCGGGAAAAGAUGGUGCUCGGGCAGCCAUUGCCUUCAGCUUUUUCUCUAUAUUUUCAUGGGGCUUGCUAACCAUGUCCAACUGGAAGAGAUACAAGAUGGGGAUUGAAGACCCUUUGAAGGACUACACAGACCCAUCUCAUGGUAGUUCAGCACCCUACUCGUACCCGACUGUGGCUUCUAGCACUUACCAACAGUCUCCAUUCAGCAACCCUGCAACAGGUUCAGAGAGCUACCAACCACCACCAGUGUACUAAAAUCAAGGAUAAAAUUAUCAGGAGAAAAAAAAACUUGAACUUUUGAACCACAUAUCCCCCAAACUGUCUCUGCAGUGUGUGUAUCCUAAAUCUAAGAGGGCACUGAGACUAGGGGUAGUGUGACCAGCCUUUGCUACUGAGAGAUGGCACCAAAAACAUUUCUUAGUUACUUGUUCUUUUUUUUCUAUUUAGAAGUACUGAAAAGUGUAUCUAUUCGGUUCUGCAGUUAAUUAACCACAAAUUAGUGGAGUAGUAAGUAUUAAGGUUAUGAUCUGAGUAAGAGCAUUCUGUCACAAGUUGUUUGGUUUUAGAUUUAUAAGUUUCGGUUCAUACUGCUUUCUCCUGUGUUGCACAGCAAGAGCGCACACGGUGUUCAUUUAUAGUGCCUUAUAGACUUCUUGGAAAGGUAUUUCCUGUGGAUGUAAUUUUUGCCUUGCUUGUUGCUUAGCUGCAGUUUUCUGCCUUUUCUGGCUGGUAAAGUUGUGCCAAGUGCUGUUGUGAGGGAUUCUUUCACAAAGUAGGCUUGUUUAAACAGACUGGAAUAAGCAAGGUUUGUAUGCUUGAAGUUGCCACAUGGGACAACAUUCACAUUGUCUUACAACUUUAAAACACAAACGUAAUAAUCAUACAUUGAAGUGCACCUCACUGCAUUUAACUGUUCAUGUCAUACGGUAACCAGCAGCAGCUGUUUGAAUAGUGUUACAACUGUCAGCACAUAGUGCAUAUUAAAGCAUCUCAGGAUGACUCAACAGUUUAGUGGUGUGGGUAGGUCCUAUUUGCUUGAGUGCAUUUUUUUGCAUUGUGAUUAUUUAGAAAUGUAUUCAUCAGACAUGGGUCUGGCUGUGGUUAUUUCGAACUCGUUAAAAGAAGCUUGCAUGCAUCGUACUUGUACAUUUAAGGUAUGGUCAUGCAUAGCAUCUGGGAGAGCAGUACGGGUGUUACAAAACAUCUAAGCAAAUAUUGUUGGAGAAUGCAUAAACAACUUUAACAGCAUGCACACUUAGGAUUAACUGCCAUUUAACUUGAGAGGGGUGAUGUUUUGAACAUUUGACAACUUUGUGACACAUUGUAUAGCAUACAUUUAGAUGGGGAUUCAUGUGUUCUUGUCUUGUACUGGUAAGUCAUGCACUGGAAGCAGAAGUGAAAGGUUACUUCCUUCUAGCACAUUUCUGGAUUGGUGCUGCUGUUUUUCAAUCCUGCCCAAAGUGUUAUGGAGAUAUUUAACCACUGUGCCUUAUUCCAGUUCAGUGUUUUUUUUUUUUAACUUUUAAGUAUUUGGUGGAGUGUACUGCAAAAUUGCUAGCUCUGAGGAAAAAAGUGACUUGUGAAGCAGGUGCCAGGUAGAACUGGUGUGCAUUAAAAUGUCCCAGGCAGCCCAAACAAGGCGCACAAUGUCUGCAGUUCACCAUAGUUUCUUAUAAUGUGCACCAAAGCAGGCUGUUGAGGCUAGUAUAGUUUUGCCUUGAGCAGUGUCUCUACAUUUUUCAGCAGUUGGUUUGGAGCUACGUUUUGUCAAUUGAGCUGAGGAAGGUAUGCAAGUAACAAAAGUAACGCUACAGCCAGGAAGUGUGAAAUACUAUUUUAUACCUUGUUUUGUAUAUAUGGAUGCUUGCAAAUAUAAAAUUACUUGUGCCAUGUUGGGGAAAGCUUUUGUGAGUGCUUUACUGACCCUCAGUAGAACAUCUGCCCUCAUUUUUGGUUCUGGUUUGUCAUAUUGACUUUUUUAUAGCUGUCCUCAGAGUGGCUCCGUGCAUCACAACCUGAAGAAAAGAAGGCUUUUGUUUUGGGCUAUAUCUUCAUUAAAACAAAAAUUAGAAUACUGAA